GGCGCCCCCCGGCGGGAGCCGGUCCCUUUCCCGUCGGGGAGCGCGGGACCGGGGCCCAGGGGACCCCGGGCCACGGAGAGCGGGAAGAGGAUGGACUGCCCGGCCCUCCCCCCCGGAUGGAAGAAGGAGGAAGUGAUCCGAAAAUCUGGGCUCAGUGCCGGCAAGAGCGAUGUCUACUACUUCAGUCCAAGUGGUAAGAAGUUCAGAAGCAAACCUCAGUUGGCAAGGUACCUGGGAAAUACUGUUGACCUCAGCAGUUUUGACUUCAGAACUGGAAAGAUGAUGCCUAGUAAAUUACAGAAGAACAAACAGAGACUGCGGAAUGAUCCUCUCAAUCAAAAUAAGGGUAAACCAGACUUGAAUACAACAUUGCCAAUUAGACAAACAGCAUCAAUUUUCAAACAACCAGUAACCAAAGUCACAAAUCAUCCUAAUAAUAAAGUGAAAUCAGAUCCACAACGAAUGAAUGAACAGCCACGUCAGCUUUUCUGGGAGAAGAGGCUACAAGGACUUAGUGCAUCAGAUGUAACAGAACAAAUUAUAAAAACCAUGGAACUACCUAAAGGUCUUCAAGGAGUUGGUCCGGGUAGUAAUGAUGAGACCCUUCUGUCUGCUGUUGCCAGUGCUUUGCACACAAGCUCUGCACCCAUCACAGGGCAAGUCUCCGCUGCUGUGGAAAAGAACCCCGCUGUCUGGCUUAACACAUCUCAACCCCUCUGCAAGGCUUUCAUUGUCACAGAUGAAGACAUUAGGAAACAGGAAGAGCGCGUGCAGCAAGUGCGUAAGAAACUGGAAGAAGCCCUGAUGGCGGAUAUCUUGUCCCGAGCCGCGGACACGGAGGAGAUGGACAUAGAGAUGGACAGUGGAGAUGAAGCCUAAGAUUAGCAUCAGGUAACUUUCGACUGACUUUCCCCAAGAGCAAAUUCCUAGAAUUGAACAAAAACGUUUCCACUGGGUUUGGCCUGUAAGAAAAAAUGUACCCGAGCACAUAGAGCUUUUUAAUAGCACUAACCAAUGCCUUUUUAGAUGUAUUUUUGAUGUAUAUAUCUAUUAUUCAAAAAUGAUGUUUAUUUUGAGUCCUAGGACUUAAAAUUAGUCUUUUGUAAUAUCAAGCAGGACCCUUAAGAUGAGCUGAGCUUUUUGAUGCCAGGUGCAAUCUACUGGAAAUGUAGCAUUUACAUGAGAUAUUUGUUUCCCCUGCAAUUUUAAUAUUGAGCGGAUCAGGAAUACCAAAUAAAUUUCCCAAUUAAAGAUUAUUGUGACUUCACUGUAUAUACACAGAUUUUUAUACUUUAUUGAAAGAGGACGCCUGUACAUUCUUCCAUCAUCACUGUAAAGUCAAAUAAAUGAUUCUAUUCACAGA